AUGGGCAGUGACGACGCAUACACGCUCACGGCGGCCGAGGCCUUGGCCAAGAUCCGGUCUGGUGAGUUGACAAUCGAAGCCUAUGCGCGCUCAUUGCUGCGGCGCAUCGAUGUGCGUGACGCCGACGUCGGGGCAUGGGCCUAUCUCAAUAAGGACUACAUCCUGCAGCAAGCAAAGGCCUUGGACAAGGUGCCUAUGAAGGAUAGGGGGCCAUUGCAUGGCAUGCCCAUUGCCGUCAAGGAUGUCAUAUACACAAAGGAUAUGCCCACGGCUCAUAACUCGCCAAUCUAUAAGAAUGACUUUCCAAAGCUUGACGCAGCAUCAAUUAUACUCCUCCGCCAUGCCGGCGUCCUGUUUCUUGUCGCUGACGCCCCUUUGCUUCUCCCUUCUUCAGGGAAGACAACGACGGCCGAGUUUGCAGCCUCCUAUACGGGGCCAGCCUCGACUCGCAACCCGCACAACCCGUCCCGCACCCCGGGCGGCUCCUCUUCCGGCUCCGGAGCGGCCGUUGGAGACCUGCAGGCUCCGGUCGCACUCGGCACACAGACCGGCGGAUCCACCAUCCGCCCGGGUUCUUUCAACGGCGUCUAUGCCUUCAAGCCCACCUGGAACGCUGUUUCCCGUGAAGGGCUGAAGGUUUCCUCAUUGAUGCUGGAUACCAUUGGCAUCUUUGCACGUGGCGUUGACGAUCUGGAGCUCGUAUCCGACGCAUUCGCGCUGCGUGAUGAUGAGCCGAGCCAUUUCAAUGGCAUCAAGGGUGCGCGCUUCGCCCUAUGCAAGACAGUUGUCUGGCCAAUUGCAGGAGAGGGCACGCGCAAUGCGAUCGCCCGCGCCGUCGACAUCCUCCGCGCCCAAGGCGCAGAGGUAGACGAGAUUGACCUGCCGGCGGAGUUUGACAACCUGCCUCGCUGGCACAAUGUCGUCCUGCAGACCGAGGGAGAGACAUGCUUCCUCCCCGAGCACCGCACGGCCAAGGACCAGCUCUCGCCGCAGCUGGUGGGCUACGUCGAGCGAAAGGCCGGCUACGACCACCGCGAGCAGCUCAAGGCCAUGGACGGCAUCGCCGCCCUCCGGCCCAAGAUUGACGAGAUUGCGGGGCGAUACACGGCCAUCCUGACCCCCAGCGCCGUCGACGAGGCCCCUGAGGGGAUCGAGUGGACGGGCGAUGCGGCGUUCUGCUCGGGCUGGUCGGCGCUGCACACGCCGGUGGUGAAUAUCCCGGGCUUUCAGGGGCUCACGGGGAUGCCCAUUGGUGUUUCGCUUGUGGCGGGGAGAUAUCGCGACCGGCAUCUUCUCAAGGUAGCCAAGGAGGUGGGUAAGCUAUUUGAGGCAGAGGGUGGGUGGAAGAGGAGGUUGUAA